GAGUUGAGGCUCAUGCGUACUGAAGAGUACACUCUGUUAUCUGUACACUCCUUAUCUAUAACUCAACUUGUCACUUUUCAGGUUGUUUUUGCAAUAUAUGUGCCUGUCGGCUAGUCAAAAUACUGUUGAGUUAAUUUUAUGAAUCAUGUCCUCUCUUUCUACGCUUUAAAGUGUGUUAAACUUUCAUCUCAGAUUUAAUUAAUUUACAGUGAAUUAUUAUUCCAUGUAAUAAACAAUAUGUCGUCUUUAAAUUCUCUAUUGAGGCCUGGAAUAGCCAGCCACUUGAAACGUUUGUGGCUUAGAAAGGUUGAAUUGACGAAAGCCAGAGGUGUGCAAACCAAUGCCUUCGACUAUUUCAAUGAUUCAGUGGACCUGGAAGAAUCAAAGUUUGCAAAAAUUCUUAUUGCUAAUAGAAGUGAAAUAGCAUGUCGCAUUAUUCGUACAGCUCGACGCAUGGGCAUAAAAACGGUUGCUGUCUAUUCCACGGCAGACAGCAGCUCAGUUCACGUGAGAAUGGCAGACGAGGCGGUGUGCCUGGGCGCUCCAGCUGCUCGCGACUCCUACCUCAAUGUGGAGAGAGUUCUUGCUGUUAUAAGAGACACUGGCGCCGAAGCUGUACACCCAGGAUAUGGAUUUCUGUCAGAAAACGCCGCGUUUGCUGCUGAGCUGGAAUCGAUGGGUGUUGCCUUUAUUGGCCCUAGUGCGUCCGCUAUCAGAGGCAUGGGUGACAAGCUUGAAUCAAAAAGACUAGCGAUGGAGGCGCAAGUCAAUACAAUUCCAGGAUUUGAUGGAGUGGUGUCAGAUGAGGAGCAUUGCUUGGAGAUAGCGCGCAACAUUGGCUAUCCGGUUAUGAUCAAAGCAUCUGCUGGUGGAGGGGGCAAAGGAAUGCGUAUCGCCCGCAAUGACAAUGAAGCCAGAGAAGGUUUUCGAUUAUCAACGAGUGAAGCAGCUUCUAGCUUCGGCGACGACAGAAUGCUAGUGGAAAAGUUCAUUGACUCUCCACGCCACAUUGAGAUUCAGGUUUUAGGAGAUAAUCAUGGAAAUACAGUUUAUCUGAAUGAACGUGAAUGCAGUAUUCAGCGUAGAAAUCAAAAAGUUAUCGAAGAAGCUCCAAGUGUGUUUCUAGAUGAGGAGAUGAGGAGAGCGAUGGGCUCGCAGGCAGUGGCGCUGUGCCGGCGACUGGGCUACUCCUCAGCCGGAACCGUCGAGUUCCUUGCCGACUCGGCUCGCAACUUCUACUUCCUCGAAAUGAACACCAGGCUGCAGGUCGAGCAUCCCAUCACUGAAUGCAUCACAGGACUCGAUCUAGUGCAUCAGAUGAUACGAAUCGCCAAAGGUCAUCCUUUGAAAUUCAGCCAGUCAGAUGUUGCACUGCGUGGCUGGGCAAUCGAGUCUAGAGUCUAUGCUGAGGAUCCGACAAAGGGAUUUGGUUUACCAUCUGUUGGAAGGCUUUACCAAUAUAUAGAGCCGACACACAUUCCUCAAGUUCGAUGUGAUAGUGGAGUGGAAGAGGGCAGCGAAAUCAGUGUCUACUACGACCCGAUGAUCUCGAAACUGGUCUGCUGCGGUCGAACCCGACAGGAGGCUAUCGACCUCUCCGUCAAGGCACUCGACUCCUACGUCAUAAGAGGCGUGGCUCACAACAUCGCUUUGCUUCGUGAUAUCCUGACCGAGCCGCAGUUUGUGAGUGGCAACAUAAGCACGGCCUAUCUGAGCCAAGUGUACCCAAGUGGCUUCAGUGGCCGGCAGCUGGAUGCCAAGGCUCGCAAACACGUGUGUGCUCUGGCCGCCGCCAUAUUGGCCAAAGCUGACUUGCGGGCUCGUUCGUUCGUCAACACUAACAACAGACGCAAGUCGCCGCCCACCAGUUGGCAGUUUGCUAUCACGUUGCACAACUCACCAAUUUCCUGCAACAUCCGAUAUGCUCAUUCCAGCAGGUUAUUCAUUGCAUCUAUUGAUGGAGAGGAAGCAUUUGUGGCAGAUGACUUCAAUCUGUCGCAAUCACCGAUCUACACAAAAGUCGAUGAUACUGAUGUUGUCUUUCAGUUAAAUUCAGAACCUCAGUUUGGAAAUUUGAAGAUUAGAUUCGAGGGAUCUGAUUAUGAUUUAUCGGUAUUACCAAAAUCGGCUCAUGAGUAUAUGAAAUUCAUGCCUGAGAAAUCUUUGACGGACACUUCGAAACGAUUGGUGGCGCCCAUGCCAGGAGUUGUGAAAGCAGUCAGCUGCGAAGUGGGCUGCCAAGUAGUCAAGGGACAAGAACUGUGUAUUGUCGAGGCAAUGAAAAUGCAGAAUUCUCUACUAGCUGACGCAUCUGGUAAAAUAAAGUCUAUCAAUGUGAAAGUUGGAAGUAAUGUCAGUAAAGACGAUGUAUUAGUGGAGUUUGAAUAGUUCAAAUCCGGUUAUUUGAAUAACCAGAAAAUAUUGUUCAUAACCUCUCUUUGUUCCGCUCAGAAAUGGAAGCUCAUGAAACUGAAAUACCUUUUUAGUACGUUUUUAUAACCCGAGGUUAGUACCUCCAAGAUGUUAUUGUGUUCUGCAAGGUACUCAACUGAAAAAGAAUUAUUUUUAGUCAUAACUUGUUGUAUAAAUUUAGUUUAAUGCUUUAAACAUGGGAAUAAUAUUUUGUGAUUAUCAGUAAAAAAGUAAUUUUCAAUUGAUAAAUUAAAGAAAAAUAAAGAACUACUAAUGUAAAUAAUUUAGUGUUCUUUGAACAGAUCCAGUUGAAUGUGAAUAAAUUGUUCAAUAAAUUAUUGUACUGUACAAUAAAGAUAUUCUUGUAAUCUUCCUCUA